GCGUCCGAGAAGGAACGAGCGUGAGGCGCCCGAGCGAGCGAGUGAGUGAAAGUGGUGCCGCCCGCCGGCCGCAGGCGCGGCGGGUGCCCGGCGUUUCCCCGCCUCCCUGGCUUGGGUUUCCCUAAAUAAGGCGGGCGUGCACGGUAUAGCUCCGCCGCACCUCCUUGCACGUCCUUCCUCGAAUAGGGCCUUCCCGUCCCCCGCCGCCCGCGCCCCCGCCUGGGCUGGGCGCGCCAUCCCCACAGCGCAGCCUGUGUAGCCUCCGCAUCCCGGUCCCCGGCCCCUUCCCUGUCGCCCCGCCGCCCCGCCGCCCGAGCGGUCGCCGCCCGUUCCGCCGUUCCUCCGCUGCCACCGCUGCCUGCACCAUGGGCAGUGAGCAGAGCUCCGAGGCCGAGAGCCGACCCAACGAUCUGAACUCCUCAGUGGCCCCUUCUCCAGCUAAGCAUAGAGCCAAGAUGGAUGAUAUUGUGGUUGUAGCUCAGGGCUCCCAGGCCUCACGGAAUGUCAGCAAUGAUCCCGAUGUCAUCAAGUUGCAAGAGAUUCCAACCUUCCAGCCACUUUUGAAAGGGCUGCUGAGUGGCCAGACUUCUCCAACAAACACCAGACUGGAGAAGUUGGAUUCUCAGCAUGUGCUGCAGCUCUGCCUCCGUUAUCAGGAUCACCUCCGGCAGUGUGCAGAGGCUGUUGCUUUUGAUCAGAACGCUUUGGUCAAACGAAUCAAAGAGAUGGAUCUGUCUGUAGAAACCCUCUUUAGCUUCAUGCAGGAGCGCCAGAAAAGAUACGCCAAAUACGCCGAGCAGAUCCAGAAGGUCAACGAGAUGUCGGCCAUCCUGCGCCGUAUCCAGAUGGGCAUCGACCAGACAGUGCCGCUGCUGGAGCGGCUCAACAGCCUGCUGCCCGAGGCCGAGCGCCUGGAGCCCUUCAGCAUGAAGCCUGACCGCGAGCUCAGGCUGUAGCUGCCUCCCCCCACCGGCUGCGGUCGGGGGACCGCUAGGGCCCCAGGACGCUUGGAACCGAAGGCGUCGGAGGUGACCGAAGGCCACUGGGGGUGUUGACGCUCCCUGAGGGCACGGGAAGCAGUCCAGCCGUCCUGGAGACUGCGAUGCCCCAGCCCUUCCCUUGACGCGCUCUCCCUCUGCAAAGCCAGCAAACCUACUCUCAGUGGUCACCGAAGUUGCAAUGUUUCAACUAUUAGGGAUUCUUUACAGAACUCUGCCUUGGGACUUAUUUUUAUUUUGCGUAGUUUUUUUUUUUAAUUGACAGUGUAUAUUAUCUAGUCUAGCUUGCAGACUGAAAAUAUGAAGAGAAGGGGAGAAAUAUUUUAAGAAGCUCUGUGUCCUUGACGCCUUCGUGAAAUUUUUCUCAGUAGGCUGUCUUGUGGGUUGUAAACAUAAAGAACUAAUUUAAUCCA